AGUUGGCAUACAAAGGAUAAAUAAUUCAGAUCGGCACAAUUUGGAUAACAUCUGCCCGUUCAAUCGACGAUAAACAAUCGACCAAUCACAAUCGAGAUAAGCUCCUAAGAGCCCGCAGAAUCAGCCAAUCGGAACGCUUCGUUAUCUUUCUUUCCUACUUGCUUCCCCAAAUUCAAUACCUCAAUUCAAUCAAAACAAAUGAAAUCAAAUCAAAUCAAAAACAGUUUCCACUUUUUGAUUCAAUAAAUAACUGAUCGGAGGAUAAAAACUCUUGAACAAUAUCAAACUUUUCGGAUCUAAUCACGAGCGAUAACUUCGAGAUAUUCGAGAUCCCUUUUAUUUCAACCACCUAAACUCGCAGUGCUGCAAUAAAACAGUUCUAGUGAGGUUUUUUAUCAGCUUUGUUUAAAUACUUUCUAAAUUUGUUCCGCUAUAUCGAAUAUUUCAGGGUAAUUUUUAUCUACAACCCAGAAUAUUUCGUAGCUCUAUCUUGUUUGCCCGUAGUUGGGAGCAACCAUUUAAUUGUGUCUCACCUACCAAUAUAAUCAGAAUUUGUUAUCAAACUUUCCACCCGGAACUGAACGUCUUUCAGCCGAUAAUCUUCGAACCACCAGAAAAAUUAUCUCCGAAAAACUCCAGACGCAAAGUUGGAUUAGAAUCCUUCUUCGAAAAAGAGUGGAAAAUCUGCACAUUAACUGAUUACUAUCUAAAUAGAAAACCUAAAAUAAUUUCAACGCGCUCAGAAUUGCCCGGCAAAUUGAUAAAACUUUGAGAUACAAAAAAAAAUAGAUCGAAACUAAUUUAAAACUGACCAGCCUGAAUUGUAAUUAUCAGUUUUGAGAUAAUGAGUAGUGCAUCGUCAUCAGUUAUUAACCAAGUUUAUCAACACCAUCAUAAUAACCCCUCGAACCUUCCAAACCCUUCAAUGUCCAACGCCUGUUCGCCAUUAUCUUCCUUCAGUGCAACUGGAUCGAUACCUCAUCCCACUUUAACAGUCGCGAAUUCCACCCCGACAAUUUCAUCACUCGCCCCCUCCGAAAUACACGCAGCCAGUGUUCUCAACCGAAUUGGACUCCCCCAAAACUCAGAUCAUCCACAACUUUCGUCACAACUUCACUCGUCGCAACAAUUAAACACCCAGAAUCUAUUUUUUAACCAAACACAUCAGAUUAAAAACGAAAACGAACAGAAUCCGAAUUCGCAACUCGGCGGAAUUAACACGACAAACAACAAUGGACUUUCGAAUUCGCCACCGAAUCACGCUUCGUUGCUUUCAGCAGCGGGGCUUCUAUACCCGACAACAUCAAACGCUUCGGCUGGAUCCGAACAACAGAAAAUAUCCCCGAUUGCAUCUUCGGAAACGUUCUCGGCAACCCCGAACCCCGCUGCUUUUUUCGACUACUCAAGUUAUGCAGCAGCAGCUCAAGUCGCGGCAGCUCAAGCUUCGUGCCAAAUGGGAAUAGGGGGCGCAAAUAAUUCUCUUAAUUCGAACCAGGCACUUCAUGCUAAUAGUCAGCAAUAUGCAACCGGGGCUUCAGAAAUGGAUUUCUGGAAGUUGCAAUUUUUCACACGUGACAAAGAGUGUGUGCAGUGUGGCAAUGUGAUCACAAACAUCUUCAGAAGGGACGACACUGGGCACUACCUCUGCCACACAUGUGCCACCUACUCCUCCCCCAAAGUGACAGAUUACUAUCAAGACGUGGGUAGAUUCGGUUUCGGUGGCUCGCAUGCAGCCGCGGCGGCCGAUUUCUGGUCGGGCACGCAGGGGGGCAUGGCUACUCACCCCUACUACCAGGCAGCAGCCGCCGCCGGAUCAGCAGCCGCAGCAGCCAGAGCGGGACUUCCCUACAUAGGGGGAAAACAGAGUCUGUCGCCCUUGAUGUCCAAGUCACAGCAACGCAAAAUUAACACGAACCGUCGACAUGGUCUCCGAUGUGCCAACUGUGGCACUGACUCGACCACCCUCUGGCGCAGAAACAAUGAGGGAGAUCCAGUGUGUAAUGCCUGUGGUCUGUACUACAAACUGCAUAGAGUGAACAGACCUCUGGCAAUGAAGAAGGAUGGCAUCCAGACUAGGAAGAGGAAGCCAAAGAGUAGUGCAGGGGCGAAUGGGGCUGGCGGUGUGGGCAAACACAAGGACCACACACAGGCUAUGGACUCAAAGCGGGCUAUGAGCAACGCCAGUCAUGCCGCUCUUCUCUCGGCAGCCAGCGGGAACCCCUCGGCCGCCCUGAUGGGGGGAUACUCGGCAGCCGCAGUGGCCGCCGCCUACCACAACCACCAAGUACCCCAGAACACCCAAAACCCCCACUCUCAUCAUCACCAACAACUCCAACAAGGAAAAAACCCAAUCAACGACCUACAAAACAACACAGCCAACUUUCAAAACUUAUUCGUCGACCAUUCUGCCACGAGAGAUAUUCUAACCAAUCAGAACGCGUCUCAAGACGUCGUGUCGAAGCGAUCGCCCGGAGACUUCGUAGCCAAUCAGCAUGGAGCAGCCGCCAUGGCCGCUUCGGGUUUCGCUAAUUUAUUCGACCACCCUGCCAUAAUAGCCCAGCGUGAGAUGGCCGCCGUAGCCGGUUACGACCCUCACCAUCAUCAUCAUCACCAUCAGCAAGUGCCAGCAUUUGUUCACACGGGUCAAAUGAAAAUGGACCUAGACUCUUUGCAGCAAACUGUACAUUCUUAAUUCGCAAUUCCUCAUAAAUUUGUACUUUUAUGCAUCAUUCCCCUUUUAGUAUAAUAAAGCAAAACUCAGUCUUAACUUAAUGUGGGUAUCACUUAGCAUUUCACGUAUUUGGUUAAACUUUUGUAUGAAUCAUUUAU